AUGGUUUGUUCCAUUCUGUUCCGUUCUACGUAUACUAGAAGAUUGGUAUUCGCAGCGCUUGCGUAUUGCGGCUUCUGUGGAUUCGAAAACGUAGAAUGUGUUGGGAUGCCUGACGCCACCGCCUCGGAGGUCGGCAAACCGCAACAGCCGCUGUCUUCAAUACAUCCAAUUAUGGCAGAAAAUGAGCUUGAUUCUGGAUGUACGGUUUUAAACCAAGAUACUGAAGUGGAUCUUCAUCGAGAAAAUGGGCCCCUGGAACUGAAUAGCAGCGACACCGCCGAUAGUAUCACAGUUGCUGAGGACACGCAUUCGCCGGUGUCGCAGCAAGAUGGCGUGGUAGGAACCCUGAACGAUCAAACCGCUUUGGAAUUUGUCAUGAAAAUGAUCAAUACCCAUCUAUCGUUUGGGGAUCGUACAAUUUGUUGCAUGAAAAAAUGGUUCAGCAUUAGGGAUGAAAUGAAGACCGAGCAACAGCGGAAUUCAAUGCGGUAUAAGGAAAUAUUAUCUCAUGAUAAGCAAGAAGACGAGAAAGGGGAGCUAUCUCAAAGACACACUGAUAAAACUGUGAUCGUGGAUGAGAAAACUGGUAGCGGGGGCAAUGCAGAACCAGACAACGGCCUGAACACAGGGGUCACUAUAUUGUUAUGGAUAAAUGAGGCAUUCCGCUCGGUUAAAUAUUAUAUAUUUGGUGAUUAUAAAGAUUUAGAUACCGCCGAAUCAUCUGUUAAAAAACGCCUCGGAGAUGUCGGUGGAACCGUAGUCAAAAAGGUAGUCCGAAAAAUAGUGGCUGUCGUUUCCACGGCAGGGAACAUACUAGGUGUCAACGAUACAUUGUAUCCACGUAUAAGAAAUCUUUUCGUUAGUUUGUUCUAUCCGCCGUCGGAUCAGGGCACGCAUCGCGAAGAGCAGGUAGUCAGUUCCUUGGACGAGGAGUGCUUCCAGGAAAAGGCUAGCCGACUCAACGCAUUCUACAAAUUCGAUGCGGCGAAUAAUCCGUAUUGUGCCAGUAGGGCUGCAUUCUACGGCCCACUAUCACCUACAGUAGACAUUGCCGACGUGGGCUCGCCCUUCGAAGUAGCGCGAUGUUCAAACGCCGCACAAUAUCUAGUUGCACAAAGCAACUACCAAACAAUAUUGUGCUCGUAUAGCGUAUUUUUGGCGUUCCUGUUCAUAUAG